UUUGCAUGAGUUGCGCCGCCGCCAGAGCCUGCCGCUCAGUUGUCUGGAAAGGCGAAGCGAGUCCGGAGCUGGCUGCAGGCGAGAAAUCCCCCCACACCCCCAAAAAAGACCCUUUCCGUCACCAACAGCUCCCUAAGAAUAAAAGAUGGAGCUGCCGGCGGUGGGCGAGCACGUCUUCGCCGUGGAAAGCAUCGAGAAGAAGCGAAUCCGGAAGGGGCGAGUGGAGUACCUUGUCAAAUGGAGAGGAUGGUCGUCCAAGUAUAACACGUGGGAGCCGGAGGAAAACAUCCUGGAUCCGAGGCUGCUGAUCGCCUUUCAAAACAGGGAGAGGCAGGAGCAACUUAUGGGAUACCGCAAACGAGGGCCGAAACCAAAGCCGAUGGUUGUUCAGUUGCCGUCUUUUGCACGCCGCUCUAACAUCCUGAGUGGCCUCCAAGACCCUGUGAUGGAGAACCGGCCCAAGCUGGAUUUUGGCAGCCCUGGCAAAAGCCAGCAGCAGCAGCAGCAGCAACAACAACAGCACCAGCAACACCAAUAUGAGCUCAAUAGCAAGAAACAUCACCAGUACCAGCCGAACAGCAAGGAGAGCAGCAUCAAACACCAGUCCCAUAGCAAAGGGAAGUACUACUACCAGCUGAACAGCAAGAAGCAUCAUCACUACCAGCCGGAUCCUAAAAUGUAUGAGCCCCACUACCAGCCCAGCAACAAAGAGCCUCAGCAAGGGCAGGCCUGCCUGGACCACAGCAAAAGCCCCCUGAUGUCCCAGUCAGACAAAUGGUCUCACAGCUCUUCAAAAAGCUUGCUGAACCCAGUAAAGAAUCUAAGUGGCCUGGAAGGGAAGAGCGGGACAGAGAAAAACCUCUCUAGUGGCACAGGCCCCCCAGCGCCACCCCCACCCCUCCCACCUCGAGAUGGGGUAGCCAGCAAUGGCAUCGGGGGGAAAAUGAAGAUUGUGAAGAAUAAGAACAAGAAUGGGCGUAUUGUGAUCGUCAUGAGCAAAUAUAUGGAGAAUGGCAUGCAGGCAGUGAAGAUCAAGUCCGGAGAGUCCCACAAGAAACGGGUGACUGAGGACAGGACUCCCAAGAAAGGGUCGGAGGAGAGGCCAGAGUCAUGGAAAAGGUCUGGUGGGGAGAGGUGGCCAGGUAGUAGUCCCAAAGACAAGCCUGGUGCAGAGGCUGGCCGUGUGCCAGCAGAGCCUGGGACUGUCUCCCCAAAGACUUCUCCAGUCCCUGGCCAAGAAGUGCCCAUUCCUGCAGAGCAGCAGCCCUUGCCCCUCACCACCAAGUCCCACCCAGCUCCCUGGACCCUGGACCCCAGUCAGCGGGAACACAGCCCCACCGCUGUGGGGCUCAACCUCUCUCCCAGCUGUGGUAGUGACGUCUCCCGGAAGCGCUGCCUCUCUGAGCCCCACGGUGACAAGGAGGGUGGCAAGAAGCGCCUGACAUCCCGGAGCAUCAGCGCCCCCACCCCUUGCCUGAGCCCUUCUGUUCCUGAGAGGCAGGAGCCCCCUGCUCUUCCCACUUCCCAGCCAGAGGUCAUUCUGCUGGAUUCGGACUUGGAUGAGCCCAUAGACUUACGGUGUGUCAAGGCUCGGGGGGACACUGAGACCAACCUGGUGCAAGUGAAGCCAGAGGCCUCCCCAGUGCUGACCGACAAGACAACACCAGAACCUCAGAAGCAGGUGGAACGCUUUGAGACAGAGGUAGAGGAAGAAGAGGAGCCUUUGCAGGAGUUCAAGCCUUUCUUUGGGAAUAUAAUAAUAACAGACGUGACUGCAAACUGCCUGACUGUGACUUUUAAGGAAUAUGUGACAGUGUGAGGAAGCUCUGGCAGGGCUUCCAGUGCACUCUCCCUUGGCAGCCUGGCCUCCCUGUCUUCCUCCUCCACCGAGGUAGAGUUAACCCCUGUGGCGCCACCAUGAAUACAGGGCAUGUCCUUUGAGAUGGGACACACACACCCUGCCCUGGAAGAAGGAAGGUGACGUGGGGCAUGAGAGAACUUCUGCCUCCCCAGAGGGUGACCGUUGGUCUGGAUUGGUCUCUGGUUUGCCACCUGUCUUCUAGGGGUCUUUGGUAUCAGGAUAAGGUGAGGGUAGCAGCUUCCCAGUUAACUCACGGGAGAGUUACAUAGUAUUAUAUUUUAACAGUGCUAACUUGUCAAGUGGUUCUUGCUCCCGUUUGUAUGUGGUGUUGCUGAACAUGUAUUGUUUGAGCUGAAGGCAGGCCUCGCCAGGCGGGUCAUGCAAUUAUAUUUAUUUGUAGGUAUUUAUAUAACAAAAUAUAAAAAGCCUAGAUUUAUGGAGUUCCCUAGAUUUGCCCUAUUAUAUAUAUAUAUAUAUAUAAUUAUAUUGAAUACAUAUAUAUAUUAUAUAUAUAUUAAAAGUUAUAUCAGAAUAUUUUCUUUUCUUCCCUUUAAAAAAAGCCACUCCUGGUUUUGUUUUUCUCAUUUUUUUCUUUUCGUAAAAGUUCAGGACCAUCCCUCCUUCUCGUAUAUAUAUUUUGAUACUGUUAACACAUGUUGUUUUCAAUGAGCAAAAACAAAAAAAUUAAUAAUAAUAAUAAUCAAUAUCUAAAGCUAAACAAGCUGUUAUAGAAACUGCUGCUACUAGAAAUGUCUAAACUAAGCUUCCAAUUAUUAUGAAUUGCUUGAAUGUAAAUAUUAAAUGGAGAUGUUGAAAGUGCAUUUGAUGUUCUGCAACUAGCCUGGGUCUGGGAUGCAAAGACUAGCCGUAAAGUGGUGCAGCCUUAGCACCAGAUGGGCACCUGUUCGUCGUCUUGGGGGGCGGGGGGUGGUGGUGAAGGUACGGAAACUGUGUGUCAUGCAGUCGUUGCGAAGGACUAUAAACCUUUCUGAAAACAA